AUUUUCAAAAAUUGAUUUGAACCAAUGGUUCUUCUUGUUCACGUGGUUCAAUGCCACGAAAUCUCUGAAUAAUAGCAACACUUUUUUGUUGCUACGGAAUUGAGAUAUUUUUUUUUGUUUGUUUUAGUAAUAAUGGCGAUUAGGUUGAAUCCUACUGUAAUUCCAGUGAGCGUGAAGCUCGGAGCUCCGGCGGCGAGAGUAUCGGCUCGGAGCUCUUUACCGUUUAGCGUCGGAGAUUGGCGUGGUGUUUCUACAUUUUCUGGUGCUAGAUCGCCGUUGGUUUUUGCCAAGGUGAAACAGAGAGAAGAGAGUACUACUAAUGAGGAGGAGGAGGAUCCAGCUCCAAUUGAAGAUUCCGUUGAGGACAACGACUCUACUACUGAUCAGCUCGUAAGUGCGUUUGAUGAAGAAGUUGUGCAGUUCGAAGAGCGUGACUAUUCCGGCACAGCUUAUGUUCCCGUGUAUGUUAUGCUACCAUUGGGAGUGAUUGAUAUGAAUUCGGAAGUAGUGGAACCGGAGGAGCUUUUGGAUCAGUUAAGAACCUUAAAGUCGGUUAAUGUUGAUGGUGUUAUGCUUGACUGUUGGUGGGGAAUCGUGGAGGCUCAUACACCACAGGUCUAUAACUGGACUGGUUACAAGAAACUUUUUCAGAUGAUACGUGAGCUUGGACUUAAGAUACAGGUUGUUAUGUCGUUCCACGAAUGUGGAGGCAAUGUUGGAGAUGAUGUGCAUAUACAAAUCCCUGAGUGGGUUAGAGAAGUUGGACUAAGCAAUCCUGACAUAUACUUCAGUGACAGAGAAGGCAGGCGUAACACUGAAUGCCUUACUUGGGGAAUUGAUAAGCAACGGGUUUUAAGAGGAAGGACUGCUUUGGAGGUUUACUUUGAUUACAUGCGAAGCUUUCGGGUGGAAUUUGAUGAAUUCUUUGAGGAUAACAUCAUCUCUGAAAUUGAAGUUGGACUAGGUCCAUGUGGGGAGCUGAGGUAUCCUUCAUACCCUGCACAAUUUGGGUGGAAAUAUCCUGGUAUUGGUGAGUUCCAGUGUUAUGAUAAAUAUUUGAUGAAGAGCUUAGAGGAGGCUGCAGAGGUAAGAGGCCACAGCUUUUGGGGCAGAGGACCUGAUAACACAGACACUUAUAAUUCUACACCACAUGGGACUGGAUUUUUCCGCGAUGGAGGUGAUUAUGACAGCUACUAUGGUAGAUUCUUUCUUAAUUGGUACUCAAGAGUUCUGAUUGACCAUGGUGAUCGUGUUCUUGCAAUGGCAAAUUUGGCUUUCGAAGGAAAUUGCAUCGCUGCAAAGCUCUCAGGUAUACACUGGUGGUAUAAAACAGCUAGCCAUGCUGCUGAACUCACUGCUGGCUUCUACAACUCCUCAAACCGUGAUGGCUAUGGUCCAAUAGCUGCAAUGUUCAAGAAACAUGAUGCUGCUCUCAACUUCACAUGUGUGGAGUUACGAACACUUGAUCAACAUGAGGAUUUUCCAGAGGCUCUGGCAGAUCCAGAAGGUCUAGUUUGGCAGGUGCUGAAUGCUGCUUGGGAUGCUAGUAUACCUGUUGCUAGUGAAAAUGCUCUUCCUUGUUAUGACAGAGAAGGUUACAACAAGAUACUUGAAAACGCAAAGCCCCUUACCGAUCCGGAUGGUCGCCAUUUAUCUUGUUUCACUUACCUGAGGCUGAACCCAACUCUGAUGGAGUCUCAAAACUUCAAAGAAUUUGAGAGAUUCCUCAAACGCAUGCAUGGUGAAGCCGUUCCAGAUCUUGGUGUAGCUCCAGGGACACAAGAGACCAAAUCCGAGUGAAUAUAUGUAGUCAAUCAUGCUAAUAAAAACACUGGCACUAAUAGAUUAGUGCGUGGUUGUUAAACGAACGCUCAUGGCUUGGCUUAGCAACUCAGCAUCGCCCAGUUGGAUGGAGUCAAAAUCAAGAUUACAGUUUGUAGCUACAAACAAGUGAGGUUGUCAAAUGAACAGUGUAUAUAAUAUUACAAUAUAAGUGUUGUAUCCAUUGAGAUUUCAGAAGAAAUUGCUAGCAACAGCACAAAAAGAGCUUGAACAAUGAAGAAAAUUUUAAUCUCUCAAUAAUAAAUUUUCAUCUACUUUGCUUA